AGGACGGAUCUUUCCGUUUUAGUCUCGGUGGAGGUAAAGUAGAGGGAUGAAUGACCCUGCACCUCGGUGCAAAAAGAACUGUGGCUCUGGAAGCGUGCUUGCUCGUCCCAUCACUUGGGGAAAGUGUUUUCCCCUUAGGUUUUCUUGCACGUCCUUGCAAGUAAAAAGAAAAGUGGCUGUACGUCUACUCUGAAUUUGUAGAAUGUUAGUGCCUUUCGUUUCUCUUGGACUCGGCUUUAAAGCGCCUAUGACUCUAAAAACAUUCAAGACAAAAAGAUGGCAGUGGUGUCAGCUGAUGCCCAGCAGAACGUAGUUUCCAGGGUUGCUAGUUUGCCCCUGGUGAGUUCCACCUACGAUAUGGUCUCUUCUGCUUAUGUCAACACAAAAGAUAAUUACCCCUAUCUGAAAUCUGUCUGUGAGAUGGCGGAGAAAGGAGUGAAGUCUAUUACAGCAGUGGCCCUGACCAGUGCCCUACCCAUCAUCCAAAAGUUGGAGCCACAAAUUGCAGUGGCCAAUAGCUAUGCUUGCAUGGGAUUGGACAAAGUUGAAGAAAAAUUGCCUAUACUCUAUCAACCAACUGGUAAGGUGGUUGCCAAUGCUGUGGAUGCAGUUGUUGGUGCAAAGGAUGCUGUGACAACCACUGUGAAUGGUGCCAAGGAUACAGUCACACACACCCUGAGUGAAGUUGUUGACAAGACAAAAGGGGUGGUUCUGGACAGCGUGGAGCUCACUAAAUAUGCAGUCCAUGGCAGCAUUAACACUGUUCUGCAGAGUCGGAUGGUGUGCCUAGUGACCAUUGGGGUGGAUACCGCACUCAGCAAGUCUGAAACUCUGGUUGAUCAGUACCUUCCACAUACUACAGAGGAGCUGGAGAAAGAAGCUACUAACAUCGAAGGAUUCGAAACUGGAGACCAGAAGCUAAGUUACUAUAUUAGACUAGGGUCUUUGUCUUCAAAGGUCCGAGCACGUGCCUAUCAACAGGCUGUAAAUGCAUUUAGGGAUGCUAAGCUCAGAAGCCAAGAGACAAUUUCUCAGCUCAAUUAUACCGUUAACCUGCUGGAAUAUGCCAGAAAGAACAUGUCUAAUGCUAAUGUGAAACUUCAAGAUGCCCAACAGAAGUUAUAUACUUCCUGGACAGAAUGGAAGAAAAACAUGAGCUCAAAUGGCGAGGCUGCUUCCCACAGUGCUGAGCACAUUGAAUCACGCACUCUAGCGAUUGCACAGAACCUGAGUCAGCAGCUUCAGACAACCUGCCUCACGCUGGUGUCCAGCAUACAGGGUUUGCCACAGAACAUUCAGGACCAGGUUCACCACGUUGGGGAAAUUGCAGGAGACGUGUACAAAAGCUUCCGGUCAGCCUCUUCUUUCAGAGAAGUGUCUGACAACCUUCUUACCUCUAGUAAAGGGCAGUUGAAGAAAAUGAAAGAAUCGUUGGAUGACGUGAUGGAUUAUCUUGUUAACAACACACCCCUCAACUGGCUGAUUCCAGAUUUCACAAUCACAGAGUUGUCUUCAGAAUCUGAUGAGAUACCGGACAUCUCGGAUUUGGACGAAGAAGGACUGCCUGACUAUUCCCAUGCAAAUGGCCCAAUCGCCAUGGAACAAAUUGUGGAAGCAUAAGAAAACACUGUUCCUUUAAAACAAUGUUUGUGUGUUUGUGUGUGUAUGUGCACCUACAUGCAUAUAGAUACACAUGCAGUGCAUAUGCACACUUAAUUACAAUUCUGCUUUAUGGGAUAAUAGCUAUUGGAGAGUGCAUCUUUGUUUAAUUUAGAUCAGCCAACCUUCAGCUUCUUGAUUCAUUGUAGUUAUGGAACACAGACAAGUAUUUAGGAUAAGCCAUAGAUGCUUUAGGUCAGGGGUCUCCAACCUUGGCAACUUUAAGACUUGUGGACUUCAACUCCUAGAGUUCCUCAAAUCUGGGAGUUGAAGACCACAAGUCUUAAAGUUGCCAAGGUUGGAGACCCCUGCUUUAGGUGAUAGAUAAAUGUAUUGAAAUGGUCUUAAACUUCCUUUGAAACUUAGGUUACAAUUGGGCCAAUAAUGGCUUUUGAAGCAACAGCCUUAACAAUUCACCCGAAAUGUGGCCUAUGAGAUGAUUUGCUGUCUUAAGCUUCCUUCCUUUCUUAGCAAAGCACUUAUGCUUAGCAACAUAUCUAUAUUUUUAUACGUCGCAAAAACUGAAAUAAUACGUUGCUCAAUAAUCCGUGAUUGUUCAAUUCUCUGUAAUUGUGUGAUUAGCUGUCUUAAGCUUUUGAAACAGUUUUCUUAUACUCUUUGCCCUACCCAAAUACAUUGGGAGUGCAGUUCCCAGAUGACAAGGCAUACAAUCCCAACACAUUUGGGAGAUCCAUAGUUGAGAAAGGCUGCUUUAAUGCAAUGAAAAUAUUUGGUGUCUCUUUUAAAGUAUAAGAUUCUUGUCCAAUAUGUCAGUGCUUCAAUAAAGUUUAUUACUUUAAUAAGUAAUAAACCUACGUUAUAUUCUGGCUGUGGAUUCGCAUAACUUGAUACUGCUCCCUAAAAAUCCAUUGCAGAUAGAAAACUGGCAGCUCUAUAGAAGAAAUAUUAUUUUUAUUUUAAAUAAUUAUUUUAAAUAAUUGGGUUAAAGCACACAAUUCCCCAUUAGAUUUUACAUUUAUAUAAGAAUUAAGUUGACGAUUUAAAUGAGUCUGAAGAGAAGUAAUGUUCGCAUCAAAAAGGAUAUAAGAAAACUACCUUCUAAAAGGGGAGGAGUUUGGGGGGGAAAAACAAAGAUGCAAAGAAAUAGAAACGUGAUUGUUAUUUGUUGUCAUCACCAUUUCUUUUCCUAUGCCACUGGAACUUUGCUUCUAUUUGUUGUGGGAAUAUGAGGACAUUUCUUGGUGCUAAUUUAGCAGAUUCCAUAAAGCUAGGGUUAAGAAAUAAUUUACUUCCUGUGUAAUGUAAGGUGGGUGUCUUUAAUAUCAGAUGUAGUAUUGUAAGUUGUAAGAAAUAUUUACUGAAAUGCCUUGGAAAUAAAGUUUAAACUGAUAUUUGAUUACUGCA